AUGACUCCUUCGCAGACGGUCUUCACCCAUGAAUUCGACGCUCCUUCCUACAAAGGGACCACUCAUGUAAACACUGGGCUUUUCAUCAAUAACGAAUGGGUCCAGCCUUUAAAGGGCGAGACAAUUGACCUUGUUAACCCUACGACCGGCAAAUUUAUCACCAAAGCAUCGAUUGGAACGUCGGAGGAUGUCGACAUCGCGGUUAAAGCUGCCCAUACCGCCUUCAAGACGACCUGGGGACUCAAUUGCCCCGGAGCGGUGCGAAGCCGGCUGCUUUACAAACUUGCAGACCUCAUGGAACAAAAUAUUGACGAGCUAAUUGCUCUUGAAUGCCUUACAGUCGCACUUGUCAAGGGUGCUUUGGUCGAUUUCACAUUGGGUAUGGUACGGUACUAUGCCGGAUUAGCCGAUAAGGUUGAGGGGAGGACAAUUGAGACCAAUGCAGCGAAAUUUGCUUAUACGUUGCGCCAACCUGUCGGUGUCGUCGGACAAAUCAUACCAUGGAAUGCACCACUUCUCUUCGUUGCCGCCAAGCUCGCGCCAGCACUCGCUUGUGGCUGUACGGUUGUCCUCAAGCCCUCAGAACUCACCCCUCUUUCGGCACUCCGCGUUUGUGAUCUCAUCAAAGAGGCAGGCUUCCCUCCCGGUGCUUUCAACGUCGUGGUCGGCUACGGGAACACAGUCGGAAGUGCACUUACCCAUCACCCCGAUGUUCGCAAAGUUAGCUUCGUCGGCAGCCUUGCUGUUGGUCGCGAAGUUACGAAGGCAGCGGCAGAUAGCAACCUCAAAAAGGUCACGCUUGAGCUUGGUGGGAAGAGCCCCAACAUCAUCUUUGACGAUGCCAAUCUAGAUCAAGCGUUGAAGUGGACUGAAUCAGGCAUUUUCUCCAACGCUGGACAGAUGUGUACUGCGGGCUCCCGAGUCUUUGUGCAGGAAGGCAUAUAUGACAAGUUUAUAGAAGCUUUCACGGCCGCUGCAAAGACACGUAAGCUUGGUGACCCGCUCUAUCCCGACACAGUCCAGGGUCCCCAAGUCUCACAGACCCAGUUCGAUCGAGUUAUGAGAUACAUUGAUAUUGGAAAGCAAGAAGGCGCAACGAUCGUCACUGGUGGGCAACGCCAUGGAACGGAAGGCUUCUUCGUCCAGCCAACCAUCUUUACCAACACAUCUAGUAGUAUGAGGAUCGUUCGGGAAGAGAUCUUCGGGCCUGUCGCCGUCGUGAUCAAGUUCAAAACCGUGGAAGACGCAAUCGAGCUAGCGAAUGACACCUCGUACGGGCUAGCUUCUGCAAUCUUCACCCAAAACCUUGGCACGGCGAUCAAGGUGUCCAAUGCACUCGAGGCGGGGACAGUCUUCGUCAACUGCUACAACUGGAUUGAAUGGGCACUACCUUCGGCUGGGUUCAAAGAGUCAGGCUGGGGCAGUACAAGUGGCAAGGAGGCAUUUGAUGCUUACAUGGAGACCAAGGCUGUCCACAUGAAUAUCGGACUCCAGAUCUAG